AUGAAUUAUAUACCAUUAUUGUUAUCUGAAAUUUUUCAUAUUAGAAGCGAGGAGCUAAUAGAGACGGGGGACUCUGAACAAAAGGAAGAUAAUGAGAAAUGGGGAAAGAUGACAGAUGUUGAGGACAAUGAAUUAGCAGAAUUAUUGCAUACGAAUGUUAAGGAAUUGAAAAACUGUUUCGACCUAUGCAAUUCUGUCAGUAUACCUCCUGGAGAUAAAGUAGUUUUGGUAAAGCUCCAGAAGCAAAUAUCAAGUACGAUCGAAAAAAUUAAUGAUAUUUUACAACCAAGGGUUACUAUGAAGGUGUCUGCACUUCUUAACAAAUCAGAUAAUCCGAAACCGAAAUUUUCUAGAAAAAGGUUUUACAGUAGAGCAUCCCCUUACAACAACAAGAUGGAUAAAAGCAACUCUUUCCGCAUUAUACCACCGUUGACUUCUAAAACAGAACUGUUGUCUUCUUCGCGAAGAAAGCAUACGGUCGCUUCUCAGCUCUUACUCAAUAAUAUACAGCUUCUGGAGAACCUAAGCAAUUUGGAACGUCUAUGUGGUCGUAAGAGCGAGGUAUAG